AUGGCUUUAGAGCACCGAUUCACCAAACUUUCCCUGCACGAGCAGGGAAAGGAUAUGGUCUCAAGUUCAUCGCGCCCGAAUGAUCCGAAUGGCAAACCAUACGAACUCGCCGUCAAGCCUGAGGACUUUCCAACAAUCCCCGACCCCGGCAUCUUUAAAUUUCCGACUACAACAAAUGCCAAUAAUACACCAUCAAGAAACCGAAGUCCUCCAGACUUGGCUCUGCCUACCCUGUCUGAAUGCGCAGCUCACCUCGAAUUCCUUGAGACGCUCUUCAUCUUGAGGCAGAAGAUUCUGGUUUCGAAAGAGCUGGACGAUGUGAUGCAGACUAAACCUUUGAGAGAGACCAAAACUGGCACUCAGGGAGAUGAAAAGACGUUUAAGGAUGAGAAGCUUUGGGAACGAAGACAGGCGAAGUGGCCGAGAUUUGUUGAGCUUGCUACGGUUCGCUUUCUAGCGUGGAGAGAACACUUCAAUAUGUCUUCGGAAAGAGAAAUCACGAAAGAUAAUCUACCACCUCUUGAUAUCCUUAUGGUCUGGCACUCGUUUCUCCUCAACCCUCGCCUGUUCGUCAGCAUCUGUUCAGAAGAGCCGCUCUUCUCUGUCAAGUUUCCUUGGAAACACAUCCACAACGCCAUCGAUAACGCAGAAUGGGUAUUCAACUUACCACCAGCGGCAGCAGCAAACUAUGAAGAGGCAUCCGGCUUUGCACCAAAUCUCUUCAACGAUAUACUCUCAUGGAAAGAUCUUACCUACUCCACGCUUCGGAGCAUGUCAACCACUGGGUUUGGCAGCAUUGGCUACAAACCCGUGAUUUACGAAAGCCCAUGUAAAGAAUACUCGCAACUAUUUAGAGAUUUUGACUCACCUUUGGCAAAACAGCUCAGGGAUGCUGUUAUUCGUCAGGCAUCGUUCGUUGAUAAGAUGAAUUCAUUCAUGUGGAUACGCAGCCCUGCUCUUGAGGGCACUAUCAGAAGAGCUAUUGCGCGGUACCUGAACUUCUGCAAGCUUCUCAAAAUGUCUAAAACCACUGUUGUUCCGACCUUGGAUAUCGAUCUGGUUUGGCACACCCAUCAAUGUACGGCGAAGCACUAUGGACAGGCGAUGAAGGUCCUAGCCGGAAAGUUCGUCAACCAUGAUGAUACCAUUGAGAAGCCACAACUAGGCGAUGAUUUUGGUAAGACAAGAAGACUGUAUCGUGUGUACUUUGGCCAAGAGUAUCGUGCUUGUGGGUGCUGGGACUGUCAGGCGCUUUUGACGGAACUUGAGAGGGCCAUGGAAGGUGAGCAAGAUGUGGAUAUGGAUAAGAUUGCAGCAAGGGUUAAAGAAGAUGUGUUCUAUUAUAGGGCCGUAGAGUGGUCGAGGAGGCACAAAACGAGUUUGCCAGUGCGACGGAUCUGA